GCGGUGUCGCGCACUCUCCCGCUACUCGCGCCCCUCAGGAAAAUAUAACGACGAAGAAGACUUAGCAUCAACAGUGCGAGACUAGCAGAGAUUGUCGUUUUCUGGCCCACAUAUUUAGCAGUGCAGCAGUGACAAAGCUUUGAAAAUGGACACGAGAGCCUGGAGGAAUCCGUAUCACGACUAUGAUGGAAACCCCGCGUCCACACAGGCGCUGUUUGACUGCCAGGGGAAGCUCACAGCAGAGUUUGCCCAGCGGCUGAGCAGCAAGAUCAGCGAGCUGUUGGCUGUGAUGGAGAACGGGCUCAAAUCCGCCGACCCGAGAGACUGCACCAGUUACACCGGCUGGGCAGGCAUUGCUCUGCUCUACCUGCACCUCCACAACGUGUUUAGGGACGACUCCUUGCUCCAGAGAGCUCUGGAGUACGUCAACCGCAGCCUGAAGUGUUUGACCCGACGCCAUGAUGUCACCUUCCUGUGCGGGGACACAGGCCCUCUGGCUGUAGCUGCUGUGGUCUACCAUCGCCUGCAGAGGGUGCAAGAGACUGAUGAGUGCAUCAACAGACUGCUGCAGUUUCACCAGAACGUGGUGAAAGGUGCAGGCGGGCUGCCGGAUGAGCUGCUUUACGGGCGGAUGGGUUACCUCUACUCCCUCGUCUUCGUCAACCAGCAGCUGGGGCAGGACAGGAUCCCACUGCAGUACAUCCAGCAGAUCAGCGAGUCCGUGCUGGUGUCAGGCGAGCACCUCAGCAGGAAGUUCCGGGUCCAGAACCACAGCCCUCUGAUGUACGAGUGGUACCAGGAGCAGUACGUUGGUGCUGCCCACGGCCUGGCUGGCAUCUACUACUACCUCAUGCAGCCGGGCUUCGUCCACGUGGAGGAGUACGUUCACAGGCUGGUGAAGCCCAGCGUCGACCAUGUCUGCCGCCUCAAGUUCCCCACGGGAAACUACCCUCCCUGCAUCGGGGACGACCGGGACCUGCUGGUGCACUGGUGCCACGGGUCCCCGGGAGUGGUCUACAUGCUCCUGCAGGCAUACAGGGCGUUCGGAGUCCCCCAGUACCUGGAGGACGCCCUGCAGUGCGGAGAGGUGGUGUGGCACUGUGGCCUGCUGAAGAAGGGCUACGGCCUGUGUCACGGUGCGGCGGGGAACGCCUACACCUUCUUGGCCCUCUACCGGCUAACGCAGGACCCCAAGCACCUUUAUAGAGCCUGCAUGUUUGCUGACUGGUGCAUGAACUAUGGCAAACAUGGAUGCCGAACACCAGACACUCCCUUCUCCCUUUUUGAAGGCAUGGCCGGCACCAUCUACUUCUUGGCUGACAUCCUGCAGCCAAUGAAAGCGAGGUUCCCCGCCUUUGAGGUGUAAAGGUUUCCACAAGAGUAGUGUCCCCCACCCCCCCACCCCC